AAAAAUUAAAUACUAAAAGGAUUUGGUGAUUUAGAUUACCAAUUAUACUGAAAAAUUGUUAAUAUUAAUAAUUUGUAUGUAAAAGAGAUUUCUAGGCGCAAAAGUUGAUGGGAUUAUCCUCUAUGUACCAAAUUUAAAUGAAAUUUGACUAAUUGAGGAAAUGAUACAAUAUUUGUUAUUGAGAAUCCGUUUGUUGAAGCAAAUUUGCUUUAAAAAGAUGUAUAACUUAAUCGCUUUGUUACAUAAAUGAUAUUUUUUUUAGUUUCUAAAUCAUGUAGACGAACUAAAAUCUAAAAAUACGUUGGAGAAAAGUCGGGCAACUCCCGAAACUUUUUUUUAGUCCACGUUAUAUUUAGCCAGAGUUAGUUGCAAUUUCUCCGCAAUAAUUAUGUAAGACGCGCACCACCGGUUUCCGCUACGAAUUUUCGGUGUGUAAAAACAUGAGUAACCCCGGUAGUUGGAAAUUGGACGAUGAUGAUAAAGGUUUUUUCUGGGCUAAGGGUGAUAGACAUCACUCAAUUGAUCCCACGAAAUGGCUUGAAUUGUAUAAACAAGUAAAAUCAACAAAUUUUAAAGCCGUUUUUAUAGAUUUAGAUCAAGAACGGGAAGAGGAAGACGAAAAUAAAGUUUAUUCGAAAUGGUGCGAAUUACCCGACUUAGUUUUAGAGCAAAUUUUCGGUUACCUCACGAUUAGACAAAGAUAUUACGCCAGUUUAGUUUGUAAAAAUUGGUAUCAAGCUUUUCAUUUUCCCAAAGUGUGGUCUAGAUUUGUUUUGGAAGAUGAUACAUUAACGAGAGGGAGAUUUAAUUAUUAUUCUGGUUGGCAAUAUGUUUUAGAUCAUUUAAGAACGUCAAUGUGUCUUUCUGCUGUUGGUAAAAAUAUUAAACAUUUAACGUUUGAGCCAAUGUUAAAUUUUUAUAACCUCUACGAAUUUAUUAAUAUGAUAUCUUGGUAUAUUGAGCAAUCUGAUAAACAUACAGCAAUGCCGGAAUAUGAUGGUGUUGGUGUAAAAAUUCGUACAUUAAAAUUUACUUUUCCAUGCGAUAUGGAUAUGGCUUCAAGAGACGAGACGGAAAUGACGCGUCUUUUUGGAACUGGGGGUCGUCUUUUGGGGGCUCUAAAACGUUUAAUGGCUAAUUUAUCCGAAUUGAAACGCCUAGAAUUAAUCGAUUUAAUGUUAGAUUCGAACGAAGCCCAACAUCUUUUAGACGAAGUGUGCGUUUUAAGAUGUUUAACUUUAAAAACGUUGAUUUUGAUAAACGCGACUAGGAUUCAAUAUCAAAUUUUACACGUUGGGGUAUUUUUAAAUUUAAACGUUUUGAAAAUUAGCCCACAAAACUUGGGAAACGACGUUAUCGAAAUGAUUGGUCACACGAAAUUAAAACAUUUACAUAUCGUUCAAAAUCGAUUCUCUCCUGAUGAUAUCAUAGUGAAACCUGCGUUGGAACAAGUUUGGAAACAGUGCAGAAAAAAUAAUCCCACUUUAAAUGUUCAUUUAGAAUUGGAAAGUAAGAAGCCAAAGAAUAUUUUGUGGCAAACUGGGGCUCCUGUUAAAAGUAUAUUGUAUCAUACACCUUCUAUGGGGGUUGAAUACGAUUCAGUAAUGUCUAUAAUAGAACAAUACAAAGAAGACAUUUUAGUUUAUGGACAUACAGAAUUACCAAGAGGAUAUAGACCGAAAUCGUUCGAUGAUAGAAUCGAUUCUACAUUGUUAUUGUUGUGUAGAAGAUGUCCAAAAAUAAAAAUGCUGAUUAUUACCGAACGAAUUUCUACAUCAACAGUACUCCUCAUAGCACGCACCGCUAAAAAUUUAAAACAUCUUUACAUUAGGGGAAACGCGGUGAUUAAGAAAUGCGAUUGGCCUCAAAGUCCUGAAUGGACGGAUGAGUUUUAUCAAUGGCUAAAAAUGAGUUCAAAAUCAUACGAAAAUGUUGAAAGAGAAGUCCAAGAAAUUCUUGGGGGUAAAAAAUGGAAAUUUAUGACAGAUAAAGAAUUUAAAAAUCUCGAAUUAGAUCUCUACAAUGAAACGCUUUAUACAAAUGUAAAUUAAAAUUUCUUAGUGAAAAUUUAAAGAAUAAAAGAUGGUUUAUUAUCA